AUUACGUCACGUCUCGAUAACAAGUUCGAAGACCAUUGAAAAUGAUGUAUAAGCACGUGAGCGGGCUGACACAUAUACCUUCCAAACUGUUGAUAAUCUAGCCUUUAUUGCCAAAAUCAGUCAACGGAGACCGUGUUCAGACCUUCCAGACGACCAUGGUGGUACAUUUGGUCCAGAAAAGACGGUGAAAAGGGAGAUUUCCGGCGGGAUCCCGCGGCAAAAAGACCCGUUUUUCUUCUCACGCAACCGCCGGUGAUCAAGAUUUUUAGGUGAACUACACGACUACCUACUGCUACAGUACUGGACAAGGGAAUCCCACAAGGGGCACACACAAGAACCCCACCAUAUGGUUUGAAUUUUGCGCUUGGAGUUAUCAAAGAGACUUCUGUUCAACAUGCAACCUGCUGGGAUGAGAAGACAGGACAAUCCGCACAGAACUGUGGAGGGCAGGCGGACAAGUGAUUCCCCCUCCAGGUCAUCCCCCCUCCCCACCUCCCCAUACCCCCCUACUGCAGACUCCUCUGAAGUAGAGACAGACGACCCAAACAAUGGAGACAGUGAGGUGGAACCAGAGGUUGCCGUUGAUGCAGUUUCUAUUGUGGAGUCUGAAGGCACAGACAGAACUCCAUCCCCCUCGGAUGUGGAGGGCCUUCCUCCGACCGCGGCCAGCAGCAUGCUGGACUGCUCGGAAACAAGCUCGCAACACGAGUUCUCGUACCACACCCAUCAGAUACAGACCUCACCUUUAUCCGAGGAGUUUGAAGGACUGAGAGUUCCCAUUGUAGGCUAUGAAAUUAUGGAGCAGCGAGCAAGAUAUACGCUUUUCAAGAUCCAUGUACAAGUUGAGGCUGACGAGGGCUGGUUUGUCUUUAGGAGAUACUCCGACUUUCAGAGGUUGAAUGAAAAGCUGAAGGCACGUUUUCCAGGCUACAGGUUUGGUCUGUGUGACGACGAGGAAAACAACGACGGAGUCAUGGGAAAGCUGAGAAACCUGUUCCCGACCUUCCGCCUGGCACUUCCACCCAAACGUUGGUUCAAGGACAACUUUGACCCCAAUUUCCUAGAGGACAGAAUUCUGGGAUUGCAGGCCUUUGUCAAUAAUGUCAUCGGGCAUGUUGAUAUUGUUGACAGUGACCCUGUGCGAGAGUUCUUCUGUCUGGACGACCCCCCUGACCCGCUGGACAGACUGGAGGAGAGUAGGGGUCGGAAUUUCACCACCAGCGGUAACUUCUCCCAUUCUGUGGAAAUACAAGUUGCCCCCCUCCAGGCCCUGUGUGAGUCUCUAGAGGAGUGUGUGUACAACCUGAGAAGGGAAGUGCUGGAGAAGAACCAUGAAGUAGAAGCCCUGAAGGCUGAGUUGGCCAGGAGUAAGGCAAGGCAGGAGGAACUGGAAAGGCGACUAGGGUUGGGUGGACAGAGCCAUUCUCCUGCCCAGGGUAGUGAGGGCAGCCUUGCAGAGGCAGAUUUCCCAUCAGCCAUUGAGGCUGACCAGGGCCAGAUCCAUGACCAGACAGCCAACAACACCAGCAGUGUCACACUCAGCAGUCUGCAGUCAAGCGAGAACAGAAUGGUGUCUAGAAGUGGCCUCCUGACAUCUGCAGACCCUUCAGCAGAUACAACCGCUGACAGCUGGAACACCAGCGACUCCUCCCCUGCUCAGAACUUGCCCAAAUUCCACUCCACGCCUGUCAUUUCACCUGCACACCUGAAGAAGGAUGCAGCUGCUAUCAGGAUCCAGGUGCAAUCUGCCUCGCCUCCUCUGCAAAGGGCACAGGUCAAGUGAAGGACCCAGAGCCUGUUCCUUGUUUUCAGUAUUUUGCGCCCAAGAGAGGUGGCUUUAAACUGAAAUUUGAAUGUUGUUUCCCUCUUGGAAAUAUUCAGCAAGGACAUAUCUCCGUUUUCCAAGAAUGUGUGCACAAAUGUAUGUCUCUUUUUAAAAAUUUUGAAAAAAAAAUUAUUUUACUCAUAAUCAUUUUCCACUUCCACAAUGUUAAAUUUUCGUUAGAUUCAAUGUACAUGGCAAAAACAGUCCAUCACCACUUUACGGAAUCUUUCAGAUUAGUUUGGAAAUUUGCUAUGUACUUUGGAUUUGAGAAUGAUGACAACCUUUUGAAGACCAUAUUGCCUAAAUUUUAAUAAAACUGGUGGUCUAAAAUAUGGGCAUGCAAUAUAUGGUCAGCCUUUUGUUGCUUGCAAGCCAUUCAGGGCAAAGUAUCCAUAAUAUAAAUUUAAACAAGUUUCAGGGGAUAAGCAAAGGAAUAUGAUAGCAAGGAUAUUGAUACCAUAGUCUCAUAACCAAGGCAGAAAUAAGAGACUAGAUGUAAUUCUAUUACUGCUUUACAGCAUUUCAUACUAGUGAUGAUUAGUAUUGUACAUGUAGAACACAGCAACAGGUUGAGAAGAUAAUCUAAUUCACAUACCAGUAGGAUUCAAAAUUACCACAGUCGUAAUGUUGGACGAACAGUACUUUUCCCAUGACAAAUUGACAACAUUAUGUGAAAUUAGCAUGUGUUGUUUUCUACUACCGGGUAUAGUUUUGGAUGACAGCCUUGUGGAUGGAAAGUGAUUUGAUAUGUCAGUAUCUGCUUGUAUUGUCAUGUCAGUAUCUGCUUGUUUUGUCUGUAAAUAAUGUUGUUCUUGAUGCUGCUUUACUUGUUCUGAAUUCUGCAGUAGCAGUAGGUGAUUUAGAUGAUAAAGUAUACAUUUUUCUCAUGACUUCUUUUAAUAGUGAUGUUCAAAUGAGGAAGGUCCUCUGAUGGACUUCCCAAAGAAGAUUUCCUUUUCAUUGUAGAUAAACAUAGUCCUGUUUAUGUUGCUGCUGCUCCAUAUGAAUUAUUGGCAACACAUUAAGUCGCACAAAUUUCUACUAUUUAAAGAAUAUGAAUAAAGCAUACAGCUGUUUUAAGUAUUGGUGUUCAAAGUUAAAAAGUCUUGCCUACGCAUAUACAGCACCUAUUUCCAGACUCAGAAAGGUGAUGGACUUUUUAUAAGGCAUUUCUUAUAUAAAAAUGUACUUUUAAGCCAUAUGAAAGGGAUCAGUCAUAGCUAUUGUUAUGAUGUGUAAUUUAAGACAUGGUUUUAGAUCAAGUAUCAGCAAAGUGAAUCAUGACUGCUUAAACAUUGAUGUUAGAGGACAAAUACUUGUAAUUGUUUGUGUAACUAUGGCAUUUGUACACUUGAUUUAGUGAGUUCUUGUACAAGGUGCUACAUAUGACAAGACGACAAUGUUUUUUGAUUGACCAUUGUUUGCAAUUUUGUGUUGUGUAAGAAAAACAUCACAUUUUGUACUACAGAAUCAGCUGUGGAAAGCUAAACUUUGAGAGGUAGAUUGUAACAAAAGCAGCAGGACAUUAAUAUUGUUAGACUGAAGCCAGUCAAGACUAUAGCUAGUACAUGCUACACAGUGGAUUGCAAAUAGCAGUUUUGUAACAGUGAAAUGGUAAACAGUUAUAGACAACAUAAGACUUGAAGUGAUGUAGUAAUGGAUAUAGCCUUAGAAUACAAAAUUACUGUAAAACAAGUGCAACCCUGCCUUAAGCACGACUGAUAAGUAUGUUUGUAUUCUGAUGUUGUCAAUACAUGCUGCAUAGUAUAUAGAGAAUAUCAAGUGGUAGAGCACAUAUCAGAACAAAAUGUUCCUGACCUAAAGGUGUUUUGUAUGUGCAAGAAUAUACUGUAUAAUAUAGCAUACCUUGCUGAGUAUCAUACACCAGUGCAAAAUAUUCCUAAAAUCACCUUAACAAGCAAAUCAUAUGCAAUAGCCUCAGAUGCUCUGUGCUUAGUUGUUUGUAUGUUUCAUUCUAAGCAUAACUGGGAUAUCAAAGUGUGAUACAAACUACCCAAAAAGUUUGAACUGUUGUGCAUUAUAAGUGUGGCCAUGUGCUGUAUCUGAUGGUGCAACAAGUGUAAUGUUAACACUAAUGCUGGACUCAACAAUAGCCACUAACAGGACAUGCCUGUCUACUUGUAUUUGCCACAUUCAGUAGUGACAGUGACAGAAGACGUGAUGUUUUGCUAGUAAUUAAAAAAUCAUGUCUAAAUAUCUUUGAUACAUGCAAUGUCCUUGGUCAAUAAAUUAUAGCAACUGUG